AUGGAUCUGAUAAAGGCGAGGGGCACUCGCCGGCCCUCUCCCCCGCCGGGGCCUAUAAAAGGGAAGCUCCACCGCCGCCGCCCGCCGGCACAGCGGCGAGCCGGCGAAGGGUUCCUGCCACAAAUGGGCCUCCCCGCGCCGUCGAGGUUGCUGGCGCUGGCGGCGCUCGCCGCCUGGCUCUGCGUGUGGACGCUGAAGCCGACGCCGGCGUGGAAGAUCUGGUGGCACGGCGCCGAGGACUGGGCUGGCCGCUGGCUCCUCCGCGAUGUUGGUGAUCCCCGCCGCCCGCCAUGGCUCCUCAGAGUUUUCUCUCCUCCUCGCUUCUGGGUCUUCUCUGAUCCUCGCCUUUUAUAUCGCAGGCCUCUACGUGCUGGUUUUCAGCUUUCCUCCGCUGACGGCGGCGGCGAUGGCGUACCUUCACCUCCAUCUCCUGUCCAGAGAAGGGAGGAGGAUCCGGCAAGGCCACUCUCCUCCAUGACCACCUCUUCGCUGCCUUUGAACGGCUCCAUUCUCUCUCUCAAAACCUGCCAUUUUUUUUGGGAUCCUGUCAGCGGGCGGCGACCGGGAUGGAUGCCCGCCAUGUCGAACCCAGUCUUCGUGCUGAACCCGCUCGGCAUGGUUUCGGCGUUUGAGCUCCUCAUGGCGGCGCUGUUCGCCACACUGCUGGCGUGGACCUUCUUCUGCGGCAUUGCCCGCGACUUCAAGAAGUCAACGGCGGAGAAGUUCCUCCGCCUCCAUCUCAGCAGGUCAAUCGCCGCCGCCGUCGCUCCCUCUCCUCGCCCCGCCGCUGCCCUCUUCUGAGCCCUCCUUCCCGAUGCGAUUGCAGCCUGCAGGUGAAGGUGAUGCAGGUGGGGACCAGGAUGGGCUCGCUGGCGGAGAUCUGCCUGGCCGUCCUUCUCUUCCCCAUUCUGAGGAAGAUGGCGGUGCUCAAACUGGUCGGCGUUCAGUUCGAGUCCGCCGUCAGAUACCACGUCUGGAUUGGGAAUCUGCUGACCCUCCUAGCGGCGGCGCACGGCGCCGCCGUCAUGUCCGUCUGGGCUUCCAAGGGCACGCUUCUCAGCGAGGUGGCGUCUCCGAUCAAAGUCAAACUCUUCUCUAAUCAGAAAACAAGAUUCUUCCUCUCCGAUUCUAGUCAAACUGCAAUCUUUUCCGUAUGUGUUCAUCGCAGAUGACAAAAUGGCCGAGAACAGGCCGCGUGAACCCCGCCGGAGGAGCUGCCCUGGCCACAGGCCUGGUCAUCUGGGUUACCUCCCUCCCCCCAGUGAGGAGGAAGAACUUCCACCUGUUCUACUCGGCCCACCAUCUACACGCCGCCUUCCUGGUCUUCUUCCUCCUCCACGGCGGUGAUCGGCACUUCUACACGGUCUCAUCAGGGGCUCUUCUCUUCGCCCUAGAUAAGCUCGCACGAGUGAUCGGAUCCAGGCCGGCUGCCUCCAUGGUUUCAGCGAAGAUCCUCCCCUGCAGGGCGAUCGAGCUCACCCUUUCCAUAAAAGGUAACAACUCUGAGCCAAAGAGCUAACUCCAUUCUGACCUCGCCGGCACCGCCUUUUCCAUCAUAAAUGCGCGACUUUGCAGGCCUGGACUACACCCCGACCAGCUUCAUGUUCAUCAACGUUCCCGUCAUAUCCAGGUUUCAGUGGCACCCUUUCAGCAUAACCUCGAGCUCCGCCAUGGGCGGCGACAGGGUUUCCUUCGUGAUCAAGUGCAAUGGCCGGUGGACUGGUUCACUCUACAGCAAGAUCAAAUCCAUACAGAACUCAGACCCCGCCGCCCUCAGAUCCUUCGCCGUGGCUGUUGAGGGCCCUUACGGUCCGCCAUCCCUUCCCUACGAAAGGUGUGUACAUAUAUAGUAAUUCAGGAUUUUUGUAGUGUGAGUAGUUUGAUAAUUCAUGGUGGUCUUCUUGGAAGGUACGAUGCUCUGAUCCUGGUGGCCGGCGGGUCGGGUAUAACCCCAUUUCUGAGCGUCCUCCGGGAGAUCUCCGCCGGGCGAGCCGGGUCGCCGGCGAGGGUGGGGCUGGUGUAUUGCGUGAGGAGGGCGGAGGAGCUCGCCAUCCUGGGCUCGGUGUCGCACCUGCUGCUGAAGAAGAAGAAGAACGGGUUCCCGGGGCUGGUGAGGGUGAAGAUCUUCGUCACUAGGGAGGGGAACUCCUCCGGCGUCUCCGCCAGGGAGCUCAUCGAAGCGGCGUCUCAGCAGACAUCGACCAUCGUCUCCGGCGAGGAGAGCGCACCGACGACAACCGCUCAAAGCCCGAGCUCGUUAGGGUUCCGGUCUACGGCGGCGGUCACCGGAUUUGCCUCCGUCGUCUUCCUCGCCGCCCUCGUGGGCCUGAGCCAUGGCUUCCUGCCUCCCCCAGGGUCUCCCAACGGUUCGUCGUUGGCCACUGACCUCGUCGUCCUCGCCGCCUUCGCCAUCGCCGCCGGCUGCGGCGGCGCCCUGGCGAUAGCCCUUGUGAGGAGAACGAGCCCGCAGAAGGACGUCCCCGCGCUCUGCCGGAGCCAUGGCGAUACCGACAGAGAAUCGCAGUCCGAGAAUGAACGGGCCCCCGACGGAGAACCUGAGAUAUCAUUCGGAAAUCGGCCAGAUCUUCAGGGUAGACUACGAUCAUAUUUCCACAGUUUAUACCCAUCUAUCGAUCGUGGUACAUUUUAUUAAAUAAUCUGGCUGAUCGUCUUAUUUGAUCGGAGUGGGCCUUGCAGCGGCGGUGGAGGAUCUACGCGGAACGCUCGGAGCAUUUAACCUGGGGGUGUUCGUCUGCGGUCCGGACUCCAUGCAGGAGGCGGUGGCGGAGUUCUGCAGGACCCACCGGAGCUCCGGCGAGGGCCGCGAAGCGUGGAAGCACAUCCUGGACUUCCACUCCAUUAAGUUCUCUCUGUAG